AUGAACUCGGCCGACUACAGAGUCACGUCGCUACUAACCGAACAUCUUGGGUUUGCACCACUCACACUCAUUGACGAGGUUAUCAAUGACGUCAACCAGAUCAUGUAUAACUGUACCGAUGCCUUGGAGCGGUUUCUCAUGAAACGCCGAGCAGCACAACUUCAACAGUUGGGUAAACCCACCGACAACGAUGGCGAUGGCGAUGUGUUGAUGGAUGGCACCACGCAGCCGGAAGCAGCGGGGGUUUUUCCAGCUGAGGAGAUCCGCCUGGGCGCUGCAGAACUUGAAACGCUCCUCGUGUCACAUGUCGACAAGAACUUUGACAAAUUCGAGCUAUAUACUCUUCGAAAUAUCUUCACUAUGCCGCGGGAUUUGGUGGAGGGCGGCUGGAUCCGGCUCAAGCACCAGGAAAAUGUCACGGCCGACUCCGUAGGUAAAGGGUCUGGCGAUGUGGACGAGGUCAUUAAACCAUUGGUUGAUAGCAUCAACUUGGAGCUCCAACUACGCAAGAUGCUUCUACUCCACAAGGUUAAAGCUGGGAAAAUCGUAGAGCUUCUCCGUCACUACAAGCGGUGUGUUAUUGCGAUUACGCAGGCAGGAGCGGAGCUGAAGUUACUGCCAGAGGCAGCAACGAUUCUCAAAGAUCUCCAACCUAUGAAUGAGAAUGUCUAUUAUCUUUUAGGGCAGGUAGACGAGCUCCUUAAGCAGGUGCUUCGACUCAACGACAAGUUCAUGAAGGACGAACAGGUCAAUGGCUUACGAAACAUGAAGUUCGGUGCUAGUCUGCGGGAUCGUUACAUUCGGGACAAGUCGCUCAAGAUUUUGGAUGAGAUUGGAGUGUUGGGCAGUGAUGUUGGAGGGAAGGUUUUGUACUCUGCGUACGCGCAGUGA